AAAAAAACAGCCCAUUUCUGGUCCCCCGGAAUUCUCCCGCACCAAUCAGGCCCGGCGAAUUCCACACUUCUUGGCCGAUUCUGCGGCGUGCACCUUGUCGAAAAUCUCACGGAAAGCCGAUCAAGCAAAACCUGUCUCUCUACAAUCUCGGCCUCUCUUUGAGCCUUGACUCUUGACAAAAUGGCGUCCCGGAUAGGACCUCGGAGCGUCAAGGACGCAACCAGAUUCACCUCCACCAUACCCCACGCCACCUCAAAGUCUGCCACUUCUGCCGCGACUCCCAGCGCCGCCUCCAGGAUUCCCGGCGAAACGCCCGAGCAGAGAGUGAGGCGAUUGAGGCAGGCGCAUCUGGCGGCGCAAAGGGCGCAGGUCAGCAAGGCGGACAAGGUCAUUGAUGCGUCAAGGCGCUUCUUCGAUGUGGCCCACAGGUGGACGGUGGGGGGCCUUGUCAUGUUCACAGUCGUCGCCGGCGUCGUCAGCGUAUACUCCGUCUGGGACAUGCUCCGCUACAACCGCGCCCGCCGCGCCGAAUGGAUCGAGGCCCAGCGCAAGUUCGAGGCCGACGAGCUUUCCACCGCCCGCCUGGCCUACCUCAGGGGCGACGCAACCGAGGAGCAAAUUGCCCUCGUUGAGGAGGCCAACGCCGAAGCCGAGGCAAAGGGCGUCAAGCUGCCCCCGCUGCUGUCACCGCCCGAGCACCGGACGCAUUUCGAGGAGGCCGUCAAGCCUGCUUUCAACGCGGGGAAGACGGCCGAGGGCAAGGGCAAGGGCUUACUUGGCUUCCUUUGGGGAGGUAGCGGUACCGACAGCACCAGCACGGAGAACAACAGCGCAAGUGCCAUUGUCAAGGAUGCGUGGGAGAAGGAGAAGGAAAACCAGCGAAACGGAGGCAGCUUGGAUCAGCUCGGCCUGGAGACGGGGAGCGCCUCACCAGAGCCCAAGAAGAAGGGCUGGUGGUGAGCUCAUCGCCGGCGGCGGAUGAAAGAAGAAAAGGAAGAAAAGAGAGAAGAGAGAAGAAAAACUAUACACCGUGUUAUUUGGGUAAGGAGGGCGGCAGCCGUGUAUCAUACUACAUGUCGAUGGGCUUGCAUUAGAUGGAGUCGGGAGUUCAA